CUUAAACUUUUGAAGCCCAUGUGCAACUUGGAACACUGCUCAAGCAAUGUGAAACAAACCAUGUGAGCUUCUGCUUCAUGCAAAUGCUCUUGGCGGGUUGCAUGGCCCGGGGCCGUAGCUAGGCUGCAGAAAAAAAAAAGCUGUCCUUCUCUGGGCAUGCAUGGAUCUCCUGACGGACGCGAUUGGUCUUCUGGCAUCUGAUGGCGAGGAACGGAAACCAGCUGCACGGGCUCGAGGAAUUGAGAAGCGGUCCGAAUCGCCGUCCGACUUUAUCAGCCAAGAGGACAGCAUUCCCUUUGGGCCGAUCUUCCCUCUCCCCCAGUUCGGCGAGGGCGCUGAUCGGUUGAUAGGGGUGUCCGACUUUAGUUUACCGCCAGACUUUGAGAAGCGUUUCCUCUGGUAUCAGAAGCGAACGGAGAAGCACUAUGAACGGCAGGGCAAGCCCCUGCCUUCAAAGACGCUCACAAGCAAAGAUGAAAGGAAUAUGGCCAAAGCGGAGAAGGAGGGGUUGAGCAACGGAGAGGGGGGGCUUGCGAUUGUUGGACGAGGUCGGAGCGGUGGCUCCGGCAACAAGCCCCCCGCCUACAAGCACCUGAGGAGGAACACAUUCUUCCGGAGGAGCCAUGUUGUUCUGCCCCCCGACGAGAUCCAGGUGUGCGAGUGCCGCCCGAGCGAGGGAUGUGCGUUGGACCACUGCUUGAAUGCAGUCACGCACUGGGAGUGCACGCCGGGGUAUUGCCCGUGCGGGGAAGAGUGCCAGAACCAGCGCUUUCAGCGAUGUCAGUACGCAGACGUCAAGCCAUGCAAAACGGAGGGGAGGGGUUGGGGUCUCUAUGCGCAGGAAGAUAUCAAGGCUGGCCAGUUCGUGGUGGAGUACUGCGGGGAGAUCAUCAACGACAGGGAGGCCGUCAAGCGCUCCGAGGACUACCGACGGGAGGGCCUGCGCGACCACUACAUGCUCAUUCUGAGCGGCUCGGAGGUUAUUGACGCCACCAAGAAGGGCAGCUACGGCCGCUUCAUCAACCACUCCUGUAACCCCAGCUGCGUAACCAAGAAGUGGAACGUGCUGGGCGAGGUGCGCGUCGGCGUGUUUGCGCACCGCGAUAUCCCACGCGGCGAGGAGCUGACGUACGACUACGACUUCGAGUGGUACGGCGGGGAGAAGGUGCGCUGCCGCUGCGGCGCGGCCAACUGCAUUGGCUUCCUGGGCGCCAAGUCGAAGCGGUUCAAGGAGGAUCUGGUGCUGUGGGAGGACGACGACGAACGAUAUGAGAUCGACAACGUGCCCACUUAUGACUCGGACGACGAGCCUAUCGGCGGGCGGCAGCACGCCUACUACUCGUCAGACGGGGAAGCGUUCUCGGGUGACUCUGGCGGCGUAUUUGACACCCUCAGGAAGGGCGACUCUGCAGCCAGGCCGCUGACCCAGAAGGUCGCCCGUAAACGGAGUCCGGAACCCGGUGUUGAGAACGGGCGGCCGGCUUUGCCGCUGAAGAAAAGAAAAGUGGGGCAAAGAGUUGGGGACACGGAGACCCAGCAACUGGAGGGAGUGUCAGUCUUGGCAAAUUCGGACGCGGCAAUCGAAAUUCCGACUUCUCAAGUUGUGCGGUCCAGUUUCGAAGUGUCUGCGUCAGUUGACGGAAUCGCGAUUGCGGGGGCUGGCCUGGCGGGGCGAUCGACGGUUGUGGAGGGCCAAUCGCACGACCGGAUGCGACCGGGGUCCAAGCCUGUGCGAAAGCGGGUUAAGAAGGAGGUUACUGGUUUGGCAGCCCGGUUAAGGGUGGUCAAGGAGCACAAGAAGGUGGUUAGGGGCUCGGGGAUCACGGGGGGCCGGUUGGUGGUUACGAAACCGAGUGCGAAGGCGCUGUUGAACGGUGGGCGGAGGGGAAGGUUGAGGAAAAACUUGGUGGUUAGGGAUGCGUUAAUCAAGAAGGUUAGUGCGGUCGAGUGGGUCCCGUCGGAGGCUGCAAGGAGGGAGAUUCUGGCGAAGGAACGGGCGUUGUCCGAAGCGAGAGCGGAUCUGGAGCGAUUGGAAGAAGAGCUCAGACCGAAGAUGCAAGCGUGCGUUGAGUCAAAAGGGGCAUUAAAUGUUGCGGAUGCGAAGCGGUGGGUGAGCAGUGAAUGCCUGGUUGCCAAAGUGGCGUUUGAGAGACACUUCGCAUACAUCAUGCACGGGCUUGGACUUACGGACCUUGUAUCUGCUGCUAGCUUGAAGUGAAGAUACAGAUUAAGCAAGACUGCAACCGUCAGGGGUGAAAACACGCCUUCGAAUGUGUUGCGACCAGCUAUGCCUACCAAGUAAGCCUUGAAAAGCGAUGCGCCUGCCAUGCAGUGCCUGAAAUAUUGAAAAUGUCGGACACGCUAACCCGGCAACUCGUUGCGGACUCUCUAG